GGAAAUAAAGAGAUUUUGAAGGAUCCAGCCUACAGCAAGCAGGCAUCACUGGAAUUUUCCUUGGAUUUAUUUGGAUUUUACAGAUUUACCGUGUCGCGCACUGUGCAGCCGUGUUUGGCACACGCAUGCAACAUUGAAUCCACUGAUGAAAACAGAUGGGUAUGAAUGAAAUCACUUUUUAGCGGGACUGCAUGGACUAGGCUACUUAAAAAAAAAAAAUACUGUUCCUCCAAAGUCGUUCUGCCGUGUUGGCUACUUUACCUGUCUCUAAACUCUUCCGAACCCCUACUUCAACCCAACGCCCACCGUAGACUGUUCCUCAUACACAGACUGCGUCCGGCCGGCGUCAUGGGUCGGCUUUGGUGUCCUGGAACUUCCAAGGCUUGGAGAACGACAGUUUUUAUGCUCCAUGUAGUCUCCGCAGCAUUGGCGAAGAGACACGUUGUCUUCUGGAACAGUACCAACACAAGGCUGGUGCAGGGAGAUCUAUCCAUCCAGGUGAACCUCAACGACUACCUGGACAUCUACUGCCCCUUCUACCCACCCGGAGCCCCCACCUCCACCGCCCCUGAGAUACUGGCGCUCUAUCUGGUUGCAGAGGGGCAGUUCCGGGGCUGUGUAGAGACACGGGAGGCGAUUAAACGUUGGGAGUGCAACAAGCCCAGUGCCACGUUUGGGCCUGUGAGAUUCUCAGAGAAGAUCCAGAGGUUCACACCCUUUUCCCUGGGCUUUGAGUUCCUGCCCGGACAACACUACUAUUACAGCUCCAUGCCCAUAGAGGACGGGCCCGCCGUGACCUGUCUGAAACUCCGAAUCACCGUGUGCUGCCAAUCCGCGCAACCUGAUCAGGAACAGGGUAUCCCGGCUCCUCACAGUGCUGUCCGUUCAGCGAUGAAAACUCCACUCAUUCUCAUCCUCUUCUCCCUCUUCCUCCUCUCCUCCAUCUGACCCGCCUCUCCUCUAUGCUCUGAGUAUGAGCGAGGGUGCGCCCUGCGUACUCCAGGGAGGGGCAGACAGGGUGCUGAGAGAGACGUUCCUCAUGCAUGCGACGGAACGGCCACCCCGAGGUGGCGCAGUGACUCAUUGGGGCGUGUGUCCAUCCGUAGGCACAGAACAGAGCCCUGUUAUACGCUCCACGUUGUCCAUCCAUCUCCGGCAACACACUGCUGUGUAUCGAACACACGCUACAUCUGACUCCUGCAUGCAGCUGUGCGCUGAGCCAUCGUUUUCUCAGGUUCUGUGGUCAUUGAAAGCAAUACACACACAGGGUUUUGCAUUGAUUCACUGUCUCGCACACACACAGAGGAAAAUACUCCCUUGAGCAUUCUCUCUCUCUCUCUGUCAUUUCUGGAGUGGCACUAAUCUCUCUGCUCUUUCUCCCGGCCCUUCCUUUUCCUGCUCUCUAUCAAAUCCUCUUUUCGGCUCCUGCCCCCCUCUGCCCCCUCUCACUCCCCUUCAACAAACCAACAAUAAUCUUACAUCAAAGCAUAUCCCUUCUUUUCACACUUCUGUCCCUUUACUCUUUCUCUUUUCUUUUUCCAUCAUUCUGUAUCUGCCUCUGUCUGUAUCACUACAUGAACCCUCAGAUGAGCCGAAGCAGAUCAAUGAACCUGAAGCGUUACCGACUGUAUGCAGGCCAAUACAACCUGGACUCAACAGGGCUACCAUGAGCCGGCCAGAGUUGUCCACUGGACCAAAAACGCUAACUAAAUCUCAUCAAAAUGUAUUUAAUUUGUUAAAUGUUGGCUAGUUUGGCCUGAAAUGGACCGCAAAUGAAAUAUUUAUCACAACUGGAACUGAGCCAAAGUGGGAAUAACUGGACGAAAGUGACAAAGUUACAUGUGAAGGUAUCUCGGUUGGAAAAGCAGAACUUGCUGGAAUGGGAGAAAUGAAACGUGCCGAAAACUGGAAGGAGCUGUAUUAAGCUGGCUUCUCGUGGACCGUACUCUGCCAAACUGAAAUGGCUGGAGCAGUAGAGCCCUGGACUGCACCACAGCAGCCAUAUUAGGGCUGAGUGGGAGAGCUGGACGAUGAGAGACCACAUAAGCCUUCCUCUCUCCCUCCCAUAACCUGCUGCAAACGGUCCUGGACCAAUAAAGGCAUUGAUUUACAUCAACAGUCACUCUGUUGUGUGUUGUGGAAGACGUAAACCCUUUUUGAUUGUUUGCUGAGCACUUAGCAUUGCGUGGAAUCGCCCAACAUUAGAGGACCACUCUUGAUUUCUCAAUAUUUCUGUAAUAUGUGUUAAUCUAGAGCCAUUUGUUAGUAGUUUUUGUCUCCAUGGUGAUAUCUGUAGUAUUUCAGACAUUGGUGUUUGCACCCUUUUACAGUCAGGGAUUAUUUUUUUAUUAUUUUAUUUUUAAUUUUUAUGAAAAGCCUUUUCAGGGUCCAAAUUAAGCUUCCAUUAAAAAUAUUUACCUGCAUAAUUAUUCCGUUUUCAGGCAGUAAAAAAUGAAAAAUAAGUUACUUAUCUGAAAGUGGUUUACACAGGGCAUUAAUCAAAAAAUGACUGGGCGAGAUGUUCAUUAUGGGAAAACACAUUUCUCUGAAUUAUCUAAAUCUGGAUUAAUGUGAAAAGUGUAUUAUAUGUCAAAUUUUGAGUUGCUUUGGAACGAAUGCUGCCCAUUUACUUGAAGAUUUUCAUUCCAUGUAUUGUUUGAUAAGUGAAAAUACCACAGGUGGCCUUUCAAGUGCUACUGUUAAUAUUGCUAUUUUGGGCUAAUAUAAAAGUAUAUUUCCCUCCUGAUGUGAGCCAGUAUUGUUGGAAAAUUGUGCCUUCAUGUUGUGGAUGAAAAUUACUUCACAGAAAUGUAAGCCGUAUUAUUUUCCCAUGAAAUGGGAGAAGAAAAGAUAAUUCUUCAGAUGCAUUUUCUAUUCAGUUGCCUUCAUUAAGUGUUUUAUUUUUUUAAAUGCCGCAGCAUAAUGAGUACAUUUUGUCAGAUGGUAACAUUUUAUGUGUGAAAAUACUGGUCAUGGUUAAGCUUUAAUUGUGCCUUAUUAACUAGUGUUUGCUGGUGAUAGUCUUUGAAUACAUAUUUUCUUUUUUAAUGACUUGUAAAUGGACAGUUCUGCUGAAAAUAACAUUGGGUGAAAGUGUACUUGUCUGAAGCAAAUUAUCUGUAAUCUGGCUUGACUCUAGAUGCAGACCCUAUCACAAUCACGUAGGACAAAGUAUUAUUUUGUACAUUUGUAUUUUGUUUUUUGUUUUUCACAUUUUAGUGAAGAAUUUAGCAUCUUCUAUGAAGAACUGCAAUCAGGGUCCUUUUUGUAAGGCAAGCUUUAGACAAUAAAUUUGAUUGCAAGUU